CGUAGAUCCUCUCAACGGCCGGCCGUGCUCCAGCUGCCGCUCUGCAGCGCCAUCGCGCCUCGCCAUGGCGGAGUUGAAGCUGCGCGAAAAGAGUUUGGACGCAGCGCUGUUGGAGAGCAUUGGCACCGCGCUGCAGGACAAGUCACACAACAUCAUCGCUGUGGACUUGAGUGAUAACGCUUUGGAGGAUGAACAAGGUGCACAGGUCUUCGGCUACCUGGCCAGCAAUGAGUUGGUGCAGCGCCUGGCCAUGAACGACAACGAGCUGGGCGAUAUGGCGGGUGUGGCGUUGGCCAAACUCUUGGAGACGAAUCAGGUGCUUCAGCAGCUCGAGCUUCAAGGCAAUGCCAUCUUCACCGUCGGCGUGCAGGCCCUGGCAGAGGCCUUGCCAAAGAACCGAAGUUUGCAGCACUUGGACUUGAGCCACAAUCAGCUUGGCAUCGGCGGGGCCGAGCUCUUGAGCAGCGGUCUCCACCAGUCCUCCUUGACGAGCUUGAACCUCAGCGGCAAUCGCAUUUGUGGCCGUGGCGCAGGGGAGGUGCUGCGUGCCACACGCAACACAGGCGUCGUGUUCUUAGACCUGGCGCGGAACGAGAUCGGACCACAAGGCCUGGAACUCAUGUGUGCCGCACUGGAAGACGCCACCAUUAGUAGCCUCUCUUUGGCCAACAAUCGUUUGCAGCCGGAGGAUGCGCCGAUGCUUUGUGAAAGCUGUUGCAAGUGCGAGGCCUUGCAGGUGUUACUUCUUCAACAGAACGACCUGGGCCUCGUGGGAGCUCAGCACCUCUCGGAGAUGCUGCCAAAGUCCAAGUUGACCGCCCUUGAUUUAACAGGAAACAGCAUCGGCGACGGGGGGUUAGGCUACCUGGCUGCUGCAUUGGAGAAGACAAGGCUCGCGGCUUUGGGCCUAGGUCACAACUCCAUCACGGAUGAGGGCGUGAAGGUGUUCUGCGCUGCGAAGUGGGGCUCUUUGCAGUCUUUGGAACUCAUGGGGAAUGCAAUUGGUGAUUCAGGCGCCGAGUUAUUGAAGUCUUCGGUGGUCAAGGAACCACAGCUCCAGGUUUUGGAUCUCUUGUACAACAACCUCUCGAGCGAAGUGUUGGAAGAGAUCGAAGCGUUGAUCAAGGAGAGGCAAACCUCCUAGGAGCUGCCACUACCUCAACACCGUGAUCGAGGUCGGUCCUCGCUUCGGAGCGCAAAACCGGCUUCAA